AUGCGGACGACGCAAAACAACCUCUGGAAGGAGGCCGUCCAGCCGCAUUGCUUCCUCGACCGAGGCAUCCAGUUCCGCGAAAUCCGAGGCAACAGCCAGCAUAGUACCAUCAUGAUCGAGCAUAUACCAGCCGCCAUUCCUAGCCCCAACGGUACUUAUUGUAUAUUUUCCAGCCAUUUCAUUGAGUUCCCGGCGAGUUUCUAG